UGGCUCCCCUGGAGGAAAGCGCACCCAGGUCUCACAUUAAAGAAGCCAAACUGUCUGCUUCAAAGAGAAAAGGCAACAUCCUGUCACAGGCCAUGCUUUGGCAAAAACCCACAGCUCCAGAACAGGCCCCAGCCCCACCCCGACCGUAUCAGGGUGUCCGUGUGAAAGAGCCAGUGAAGGAGCUGCUGAGAAGGAAGCGCGGCCAUGCCAGCAGCGGGGCGCCAGUUACACCUACAGCGGUGGUGCUGCCUCAUCAGCCCCUGGCGACCUACACCACAGUGGGUCCUUCCUGUCUUGACAUGGACGUCUCUGCUUCCACAGUGACGGAGGAGGGGGCCCUGUGUGCUGGCUGGCUCUCCCAGCCUGCCCCGGCCACCCUCCAGCCCCUGGCCCCAUGGACACCGUAUACCGAGUAUGUGUCCCAUGAAGCUGUCAGCUGCCCCUACUCAACUGACAUGUACGUGCAGCCCGUGUGCCCCAGCUACACCGUGGUGGGGCCCUCCUCAGUGCUGACCUACGCCUCCCAGCCGCUCAUCACUAACGUCACGGCCAGAAGCGCUGCCACACCCACGGUGGGACCCCCGCUGGAGGGCCCGGAGCACCAGGCACCCCUCACCUAUUUCCCAUGGCCUCAGCCCCUGUCCACACUGCCUACCUCCACCCUACAGUACCAGCCUCCGGCUCCAGCCCUGCCUGGGCCCCAGUUUGUUCAGCUCCCCAUCUCUAUCCCUGAGCCGGUCCUUCAGGACAUGGAAGACCCCAGGAGAACCGUCAGCUCCCUGACCAUUGACAAGCUGCUUCUGGAGGAAGAGGAUAGCGAUGCCUAUGCGCUCAACCACACUCUCUCUGUGGAAGGCUUUUAGGGCUGCCCUCACCUGAGAAUCCUGUUCCCUGAAACUGGGAUUGAAAAAUGAGCCUGAGAUUGCACCUCAGAUUCAUCUCUCUCCAGAGUAGCCCUUUCGUAAUUACACUUGCUCCCAAAACUAGAAUUCUAGUCCCUCCCUCUCCUCCUGCCUCUCUCCCUUCUCAUCACUUCUUCUAUUUCUAUUUCUUUUGGGGCGGGAAUUACUCUGUAGAGAUAUUAGAGAUAAUACUGAUGCCAAGUGUUGCCACAUCUGUGACCCAGGCACUUCUACUUCUGCCACAGUUUGUUGCUGGAGGAGGCCCCUUCUCUCCAGUAUCCGCUGCUUCCUUCGUUGGUCUCUGGACCAGUACCUUGCCCUCUGUCAUUCUGAGAUGGAUGGGGUGCCCUGCGGGAAGGUGGGCCCUGCCAGCACUUCCAAGGACUGACCCUAUGCCAGAGUCCUUGAGCUGUCAGUUCUCACAGCCGCUCCUUUGUUUGCUGUUCUCAACCUCGGCUAAAUUUUCUAUCCAGGCAGCAGAGUGUGA